AUGGCCGCGACGAAGCUCAACCCGGCCGCGCCGCCGUUCCCGUGCCCCUACGGGCUCCACCUCGCCCCGCCGGCGCCGCCCCCGUUCCCGCCCGUCGACGCCGCCUGCCCGCCGCAGUUCCCCUUCAUCACCUACUGCUGCGUCGCCGCCCCUCCCGCCGGCCACAUCGGCUUCUGCUUCCCCGUCCAGCCGCCCUCCUCCCCGCCGGCCGUCUGCAAGGGCGGCGUCCCCGCGGCGGCGGCGGCGGUGCACGGCCGCCCGCCGCACAAGCUCAUGGCGGCGUUCUCCGGACUCGGCGGCGCGGGGAAGCGGCAGGCCGCGGCUGCCGUGGCCGUGAAGCCGUGGCAGGGACCCACACCCGACGCCGCAGCACCGCCUGCCCUGGUGCCGGCGGCUGGGCCGCGCAAGCCGCGGGCGGCGCGGCGGAAGGCUGAGAGGAGCGUGGCCAAGGCCAAGUCCAAGACCAAGGCGCCACGGCCCCGGAAAGCGGCCGGCCCGCGCGCGCGCGCCGCCGCGAAGGCGCAGCGGGAGAGCUCGCCGCCGCCGCCUCAGUACACGACGAGGCGGCCGCGGUGGUGGAAGAGACUGCCGGAGCCGGCGGUCGGUUGGAUCACCAACACUGUCAUGCUCCGCAACAUCCCCAACAAGCUGAGGAGUAGCGACAUGAUCUCCUUGCUCGACCAGCACUGCAAGCUCGUGAACACGGCCGCCGGCGCCGUCGUCUCCGCGUACGACGUUCUCUACCUGCCGAUGGAUUUCAGGCGGGGUUGCAACUUCGGCUACGCGUUCAUCAACUUCACCACCACGGCGGCGUCCCGCAUGCUCUACUACUCCCUGCAGGGGUCCGGCUGGACGGUGCACGGCUCCAAGAAGGUGAUCCAGAUCGUCCCGGCCAAGAUCCAGGGCCAGGCGAAGCUGGUGCGUCACCUCAAGCAGCUGAAGCUGGAGUGCGAGGACGAGUUCCUCCCGGCCGUCUUCUCGCCGCCGCGCGACGGUGUCACCGCCGGCGGCAUCGUCCAGCGCCUCGGCAGGCUCGCCCGGCGUCCGGCCACGACGACGGCGCCAGCGCGCGCCGCUGCAGCGACGCCGGCGCCCAAGGAGCAGUGA